AUGGGUGUCUACGAUACAGUCCCCGAGCCAGCCACUGAGCUGGGCCGGAUGCAGGUGCUGUCGACCACCGCCGGCAUUCGUGUGUCGCCUCUCGUGCUGGGCGCGAUGUCGAUUGGCGAGAAGUGGGCUGAAGACCUCGGCAGUAUGAACAAGGAGCAGUCCUUCAAGCUUCUUGACGCCUAUUGCAAGGCUGGAGGCAAUUUCAUCGACACCGCCAAUAACUACCAGGACGAGGACAGUGAGACUUGGAUUGGGGAGUGGAUGCGGCUCCGGGGCAAUCGCGAUCAGCUGGUCAUCUCUACCAAGUACACGAAUGACUACCGCGGUUGGGAGACGGGGAUGGGGACCGCAGUCAACCACGCCGGCAACCACCGCCGCAGUCUUCACAUGUCUGUCCGGGACUCGUUGAAGAAGUUGCAGACCGACUAUAUCGACGUCUUGUUUAUGCACUGGUGGGACUUCAGCACGUCUACGAAGGAGGUGAUGGACAGCUUGCACAUGCUCGUCGAGCAGGGCAAGGUCAUGUAUCUCGGCGUCUCAGACACGCCUGCCUGGUGGGUGGCGGCCGCGAAUACGUAUGCAGUCGACCACGGCAAGACCCCCUUCAGCAUCUAUCAGGGAAGGUGGAACCUUAUGAUCCGGGAUUUUGAAAGGGACAUCAUCCCCAUGGCACGCCACUUUGGCAUGGCCCUGAUGCCCUGGGAUGUGCUGGGAGGCGGGAAAUUCCAGACCAAGAAGGCGCUCAAGGAGCGCGAGGCUAGGGGCGAAGGUCUUCGACAGCUGGGAAACCCCGGCAAGAAAGUCACACAGACAGAGGAUGAGGUCCGCAUCAGCGAGGCGUUGGCGAAAGUGGCAUCCGAGCACGGCAUCGAAUCCGUCACCGCGAUCGCACUGGCCUAUGUCAUCGCCAAGGCUCCCCGAGUAUUUCCUCUCGUCGGAGGACGCAAGGUCGAGCACUUGCAGGACAACAUCCAAGCUCUCAGCAUCAAAUUGACCGCUGAUCAGGUCAAAUACCUCGAGAGUGUGAAGCCCUUCGAUCAGGGCUUUCCCAUGAACUUCUUGGGUGCCGAUCCUAAUGUUACGGGUGAAAACACAGUAAGGCUUAGGCGGGCAGCGAACUUGUCGUUCCCGGAUCGUCCAAGACGAUGA